AUGCCAUCUGCAGUUGCCACAUCACCCAGUCAAGUGGUGUCCCCUGCUCUUGAUCCUAGUGUGGCUAUGGCUAUUGUUCCGGUUCUGCCUACCGUCGCGGAGUCAUCUCCAUCUUCUCCGUCGCCGUCCCUUCCAAAGGUGGUGACUGCGUCUGUUCCUCUCAUCAGUCCUUCGGUCAAUGUACUCCAUGCCUGUCCGCCUUGUUCUAUUGGUAAGUCACCUAAACGUGCUACUCGUUCCUCUGUUGUGUCUGCGUCUUCCCCUGUUGCCUCCUCUCCAUUGCCGAGCCCAAACACACAAUCUAUUCCUCCUCUUAAGUCGCCUGUUAAGCCGUCCUUAACCAAAACCCCCAAGACUCGGUCUGCCUCCAAACCCAACCCCAAACUCACACCCCCACCCAAACCCGCACCCCAACCCCAACCCAAUCCCACACCAAAACCCCAACCCAAACCUUAA